CACACAUAACGCAACAAUCAGCCCACAAUAUCACACCGCUGAUACCAACCAAGCAUAACAGAUUAUGCUCUUCCUUCGGACCGUCCCCAAUCCGUAUGCAUCCACCAGUCUCUACACCAGCCAAAUAUCUCCGACAUCUACCUAAACUCCGUCUCCUCUCCGGAGAUAAGAAAUAAUAUCCGAAUCCCUUCGAACAACCCCCAAACGAAGUAUAUAACCAUCCAACUGUCCAACACCACCACCUCCCCCAAUCCCAAACCAGAACAAACCCCCAAAGCCACCCAAGAACAAACAAUCUCAAUAUGCCCCCCCUAAUCUUCCUAACCGGCGGCAGCGGCUACAUCGGCACCGCGAUCACCACCCACGCCCUAUCCCAAGGCUACGCCGUGCACAGCCUAUCACGCACCCCCACCAGCGACACCAAAAUCCUCUCUCUCGGCGCGACCCCCAUCCGAGGAGACCUCACCUGCCUGCCCACCCUCCGCGAACAAGCCCAGCAAGCAGAUAUAGUCAUGCACCUCGCGGACCCCAUGUCCACCAACUACAACAUGCCGUACGAGGAACGAAUCCGGAUCGACGACGCGGCGGUCUCCGCCCUCGGGGACGGGCUAGAAGGGAGUAACAAGCCGCUUGUCGUGACGUCCGGGUCGAUGGUUGUUGCCGCCACGGGAGCGGAAACAGACGAGACGAGUGCGUUAUGGGAGAAGCCGUUGAAUGAGCGGAUUGUGUCGGAGAGGAAUAACCUGCGACUUUGUGAAAGGGGAGUGAGGGUUUCGGCGGUGCGGUUGGCGCCGUUUGUGUAUGGACGGGGUGGGAGUGGGGUGGCGUUGUUUAUGAGGAUGUUUAAGGGGGUGGGGGAGGUGAAGGUUAUUCGGGAGGGGGAGGGGGUGAGUACUUCUGCGGUGCAUGUGGAGGAUGCGGCGAGGUUGUUUUUGCUUGCGGCGGAGAAGGCGCGGGCUGGGGAGGUGUUUAAUGGGUGUUCGGAGUGGGGGGUUACGUUUGGGGAGUUGGGGAGGGCCAUGGCGGAGGUUAUGGGCGUUGGGGUUGGGUAUGUCUCGCUUGAGGAGGCGGUGGGGACUUGGGGGGAGUUCUUUGCGAGGUUUUUGAGUACGGAGAAUAGGGCGUCGGGGGGGAAGGCGAUGAGGGUGUUGGGGUGGAGGCCGGAGAGAGUGGGCAUUUUGGAGGAGGUCAGGAAGGGGUCGUAUGUUGACCUGGCGGAGAGUUUGAAGAAGGGUGAGUAG